CGCUCGCAUUCCAGUAGCCUGUUUGCGUUGUAUUUUCAGAGACUUGUGCAGAAAAGGAGGUGCGAAUCCGUCGGGUUUUUCCUCCCUCUGAACGGUUAUUUUCCUAUUUAAAUUGUGCAGCCUUGCCUGCGGUCUUUGCGCGCAAGCGGAGAGCGAAGUGAGCACAGCACCGUCAUCUUUAGCUAGACGGAAUCGAAGCGUGACAUCAGGCGGGUGUCACGUUUCAGGUUUUGUUUUCUUGGUGCUUUUUUCACGCACGGAGAGGGAGACUGACAGCUGGAAUUCUCUAUGUCGUCUCCAGCUCGUCCAUAGGAGCGCGCUCUGUAGCGGAUCGGUUUCAAAGGAGCGGGCGCCCAUCCGUGAACUCAGUACAGCGCUUUUCCCGACUGAUGUUUCCUAUCUGGAUUACGACUUAAAUUCUUCCCGUUAGGUAGCUGGUUUGUCCAGAGAAUUUGAGCUCCUCGUGUUUCUUGCUCACAAUGAGCAGAAGGUGACCUGCAAGCACCCUGUCUCAGGUUUACCCUCCCAAGACACCUGCAUCUUCAUCCUCAACGAACAGCCCGUCCCCAAAGCGCCGGCGAGCAGCAAGAAGGACCGCCCCAUGAGCACCAUGACCGACACCUCCAACUACACCAGCAGCUCCGACUACAUCCCCCACCCGGGCAGCCCCCCGGGCCGCCCUUCAAGAUCCUCGAAAAAAGUGCACAAUUUCGGGAAGAGGUCCAACUCCAUAAAGAGGAACCCCAACGCCCCCGUGGUCAGGAGUGGCUGGCUGUACAAGCAGGACAGCACGGGGAUGAAGCUUUGGAAGAAGAGGUGGUUUGUGCUCUCUGAUAUGUGCCUGUUCUAUUACAGAGAUGAAAAAGAAGAAGGUAUCCUCGGAAGUAUUCUCCUGCCAAGCUUUCAUAUCUCUAUGCUUUCUGUGGAGGACCACAUCAGUAAGAAGUAUGCCUUUAAGGCCACGCACCCCAACAUGCGGACGUACUACUUCUGCACGGACAUGGCCAGAGACAUGGAGGUGUGGAUGAAGGCGAUGACCGACGCGGCCCUGGUGCACAUUGAGCCAAUGAAGAGACAGAAAUUGGAGCACUGCGUCCCGCAGGAGAUGAACAGCACGCUGUGCCGAUUGGCCCCGCCCCAGCCGGAGGUACACAUUAAGGACGGGCCCCCGGAGACGGGGGACCAGUGUGCCCAGGACGGGAGGCCGGCGGACGGCGAGAGGGACGGAGAGAGGUGCCAUUUCCAGACGGACGGGGCGGAGAGGGAGAAGCCGCGUGCCAAGGCCCGGGGCUCCAGGCUGCAGCCCAGCCAGGCGGCCGCCAUCGUCGCCGCCGUGAUGGCGUGCUCCCAUCAGGAGAACGGCGCGCCCCCCCCGCAGCCCGCCCAGGACAGGCCCCCCCAAAUGAACGGGGGGGACUGCAGCCUGGGGGAGGCGGGCACUGCCCCACCCCUUAGGGCUCCCAUUUGUGCCAUGCCCCAGAUAGACUCCUCGCAUUUGCAGGGGGCUCCCCACACAGACCCCGCUCAGUCACAGGCCCCUCCUCAGCAAGAAUCUGCCCAAUCCCAGCCCCCUCUGCAGCAAGACCCCGCCCACUCUCAGCCACCUCCUCAGGCAGAAUCUGCCCAAUCCCAGCCCCCUCUGCAGCGAGACCCCGCCCACUCUCAGCCACCUCCUCAGGCAGAAUCUGCCCAAUCCCAGCCCCCAUUUCAAAGAGAAUCUGACCAAUCCCAGCCCCCUUUGCAAAGAGAAUCUGCUGAGUCCCAGCUGCCUCCCCAGGAAGAUUCUGUCCAGUCUCCGCCUCCUCCCAAUAGAGAUCCCGCCCAUUCACAGGCUCCUCCCCAAAUAGACAUCCAUUCACAGGCCUCUUCCCAGGUAGACUCCUCCCAUUCACAGGUGUCUCAGCAGAGAGACCCCAUCUAUUACCAGACCCUUCCCAUGAGAGACUCCACCAAUCCACAGGCUCCUCCCCAAAUAGACCCCACCCAUUCACAGACCUCUCUCCAGAGAGACCCAUGCUAUUAUCAGACCCUUCCCAAGAGAGACUCCACCUAUGCACAGGCUCCUCCCCAAAUAGACUCCACCCAUUCACAAGCCCCUCCCCAGAUGGACCCCACCCAUUCACAGACCUCUUUCCAGAGAGACCCCAGCUAUUCCCAGACCCUUCCCAAGAGAGACCACACCCAUUCACAGACUUCUCUCCAGAGAGACCCCAGCUAUUCCCAGACCCUUCCCAAGAGAGACCACACCCAUUCACAAGCCCCUCCCCAGACAGACCACAACUAUUCACAAGCCCCUCCCCAAGAAUCUGAAAAGUCCUUACAGAGGACCAGCUCCAUGCAGCAGCUGGAGCAGUGGGUGAGGAUCCAGAGAGGGCGGAUCCAAGAAGAUGAUACCGAGAGCGUUGCAUCGUACCUGACUCUGCCCAGGAAAAUGCCCAGCCAGCGAUCGCAGGGGGUGCCACGCUACCCCGAGGGGUACCGCACGCUCCCCCGAAACAGCGUGAUGCGGCCGGACAGCAUCUGCAGCCUGGCCCCCUCCCUGUACGACCGGGCCCUGGGGCCCCCCGCCUCGUCCGCGGAGAAGCGGCGGUCCAUGCGGGACGACACCAUGUGGCAGCUCUACGAGUGGCGCCAGAGGCAGACCUGCACCAAGCACGCCCCCUCCAGGAGCUCCUACAGCACCCUCCCCAACCCGCGCACCCUGAUCCGGCCCUCCGACCGCAUCACCCCCUCCAUCCCCCUCUCCCCCUCCCACGGCUCCCUGGCGCACUGCCAGGGCUACCAGCCGUACGGCUCGUACGCCACCGACGGCCCCCCCGCGCUCAGCUCGCGGGUCCACCCGGGGGUCAUGACCAUGGACCGGCGGCACAGGACGCACGUGACCCAGUAUGUGUACCCCCCUGACCGGAGGAACCUGCCCUCCGGGAUCCAGCUUCAGCCUGUCACCACUCAGAGCCUGCAGGGAAAGACUCCCGAGGAGCUGACCCUGCUGCUGAUCAAACUGAGGCGGCAGCAGGCCGAGCUGAGCAGCGCCCGCCAGCACACUAUAGCGCAGCUCCUGCAGCUCAGUCUCCAUGGCAACAACCCAAAGAACGAGGUCCUCUCUCGUCACCUAAAGAGGAACGUGCAGUACCUGGACCGGCAGAUGAGAGAGAAUGACCCUCUUAUCUUCAUGAGUCACACAAUGAUUGAGAACUCGGCUCCAAGGCCUCAGCUCUACCAGCAAACUGUCCCAGAGGACUACAGGGACAACUCUUACAUCUACAGGCAAGGCAGUCUGGAUCUUGACGUGAAGCUGAGCAGGCUGUGUGAGCAGGACAAAGUGGUUCGCACCCAGGAGCACAAGCUGCAGCAGCUCUACAGAGAGAAGCACACCCUGGAGACGGCGCUGCUGGCGGCCAGUCAGGAGAUAGAGAUGAGCGCGGGAGACCAGGCAGCCCUGCAGAGUGUGGUGCAGCAGAGAGACCUGCUACAGAGCGGCCUACUGAGCACGUGCAGAGAGCUGGCCCGCGUCAACACUGCCCUGGAGAGGUCAUGGAGGGACUUUUCCCAGCUGGAGACCGACGUCACGCUGAUCCGGAACAAUCUCCUGGAGCAGCUGGAGGCUCUGGGUACCCCUCAGACGGAGCCUCCCAGUCAGCAGCAUGUGCAGAUACAGAAGGAGCUGUGGAGGAUACAGGAUGUGACUGAGGCCUUGAGUAAGAACAGGACUCAGAGAAGCACUGAGGCCCCAAGUGUUGUAAACUCCAAUGCAGCCCCCAGUCAGCCGACGAGUGAGGAAGAGGACUCGGUGCCCCCCCGGCCCCCCCUCCCCCAGUAUUAUGACAUCAUAGGCGUCCCUCCCGCCGGCGGUGCCCACCGGCCCGCGGGCCAGGCGUCCACCCCUCGGCCGGACGACAGGAAGCACGGGCAGAGGAACGGCACUCACAGCGGUCCAGACUACAGGCUGUGUAAGAGUGAGCCUGAGCUCACCACCGUGACGGAGGUGGAGGAGAGCAACACGGAGGACAAGGCGGAGGCGGCAGUGGACAAAGAGCCGUCCGGCACCAAAGGGCUUCCCUACCCCGUGGGGGUGGUGUCACCGAGGACGAAGUCCCCCUUGACGGAGUCGUCGAACAUCACCUCCUACGUCACCCUGAGGAAGAGCAAGAAGCCGGACCCCAGGACGGACCGUCCCCACAGCGCGGCAGAGCAGGCCGGUCAGGCGGAGACGGGGAGGCCCAGGAUGAGCGUGGAGGAGCAGCUGGAGAGGAUCAGGAGGCACCAGGAGGGCACGCUGAGAGGCAGGAAGAAGCCUCCAGCUGUCGUGGGGGUGGGGUCAGAGAACUUCCGCACCCUGCAGAGCCGUAAGAGAGGCGAAGGGGUCCCCAGUGACAUCCAGGAGCUGCUGGCCUCUCUGCGGGGGAAGGACACUGUGAAGCAGAAAGACCCAGUGAAGGAGCAGGAGGUGGAGAAAGAACAGGGACAGGAGCAGGAGGUGGAGAAAGAACAGGUGCAGGAGCCCAAGAAAGAACAGGCACAGGAGCAAGGGGCGGAGAAGGAACAGGAGCAGGAGGCAAAGAAAGAACAGGAACAGGAGCAGGAGGUGGAGAAAGAACAGGGACUGGAGCAGAAGGCAGAGAAAGAACAGGAGCAGGAGGUGAGGAAAGAACAGGAGCCCAAGAAAGAACAGGGACAGGAGAAAGAGGCAGAGAAAGAACAGGAGCUGAUAAAAGAAGAGGGCCCUGAGCAGUUGGAUGAACAGAAAUUGGACUCCUUGAAAGAAGAGGCACCUGAACAAACGAAGGGACAGGAACAGGGGCUGGAGAAAGAACAGGAACUGGAGCAGGUGGAAGAACAGGAGCAGGAGUCAGUGCAGGACCAGGGGCCAGUGGAGGAAAAGGACCUGGUUAAGGAGCAGGAACAGACGAAGGCAGAGGAACAGGAGCAGACACAGGUGGGGGAACAGGAGCUGGUGAAAGAACCAAAACAGGAAGAGGAGCCAAUAGGGGAACAGGAACUGGUUAAGAAACAGGAGCAGGGCCAGGCAGAAGAACAGGUGCAGGAACAGGAACAGGUGGAGGAAAAUGAGGAAAAGCCAGUGGAGGAACAGGAGCUGGUGAAAGAACAGAAACAGGAAGACGAGCCAGUGAAGGAACAGGAGCUGGUUAAGGAACAGGAGCAAAAGCCUGUGGAGGAACAGGAGCUGGUGAAAGAACAGAAACAGGAAGAGCCAGUUGAGGGACAGGAGCUGGUUAAGCAGCAAGUGCAGGCACAGUCAGAGGAACAGAAGCAGGAACAGGUGGGGGAACAGGAGCAAAUGCCUGUGGAGGAACAGGCUCUGGUGAAAGAACAGAAACAAGAUAAGGAGCCAGUGGAGGAUCAGGAGCUGGCACCUGAGGAGCAGCAGGCACCAGAGCAGGAACCAGAGCUGGAGAACCUACAGGAGUCUGAGCAGAUGGAUGAACCGGAACAGGAGCCUGUGAAAGAGGACGGAUCUGAGCAAAUUAAGGAGCAGGCACCGCUGCAGGAACAGAAACCAGAGAAAGACCUGGAAGAGGAGCCAAGGAAUGAACAGGCAAAGGAGCCAGCACAGGAACAGGCAGAGGAAGAGAAAGAUAAACAGGGAGAAGAGCUAGUAAAGGAGAAGGAAGUGGUGCAGGAACAGGAGCAGGUGAACAGCCAGGAUCAGGCGAAUGAGCCAUCGAAGGAACUCCAAGACAAUCCAGUGGAGGAACAGGAAGAGGACAUGACAAAUAAGGAACAGGAGCAGCCUCUACAAACCCCACCACAGCCCCAGGAGCAGCAGCCGGAGAAAAAAUUGCCCGAGGUUCUGAUCCAGGAGGAGGAUGGUAUCAAAGCCCUUGUGGUCAAAAACAGCAUGCAGAGGGUGGCACCAGUGGUGAACUCUAACCCCGAGCUGAAGACAGAGGAGGUCACGGAGCAAGACCAGCAGCAGCUGAUCAACAACUGUGAGCAGAAGGGAGCGGAGGUGAAAAGCCUGCCUGCCCUACCCCUGUGUCCAACCCCGCCAUCUACACCGCCCCAGCUGGCUGAAGGGUCCCACUUCAUGUGUGUGUAGAGACCCCCUGGAUCUGCCCUUGAGGAAUGCUGGGAUGGAACAACGUGAUGUCACCUGCACAGACCCCACAGAAGACUGCAGAGAGCUCCCCGACAGUCUCGUCCAUAAGAACUGUGCCAACGGUCACACGGGCCAUGUUUGAAUACUUUUUUUAAAACUACAAUUUACUUAUUCCCUUACCCUGCAAACAUGUUACCAUGGAAGGGAAGAGUCGCUCAUAAGAAACCAGAUCUGCUAGUCGGUCCAGUAUUAUUUUAAGGCAACAUUGCUUUUGAGUGAGGUUGAAAUAUUUGCAGCACAUUUAUGCUCUAAAACAGGUUUUGAACAAGAGUGUCAUUAUAAAUAGCGCUUUGUGACAAUUCUGUUAUGUAAAUUACAUUUUAAAAAGUGCAAUGAAAAAUACAAUUUAAUUGAAUGGCUGGUGGAAUAAUAACAUUUUGCUUCUUUUACGUUUUCAUUAUUAUAUUCCCAUCUAUACACGCUAUUUGUUCAUGAUGUCAUACAUUUAUGUAUGGAUUUUGUGGCCUGCGGUCAUUGUGAGUCAUUUAGAAAGUGUAUCUUUCAUUCAUACCCUCCUUGCUUAAACUUGUCCACCAACAUUUUCAUCAUUUUUUCACUUCCUUGUACAAAGCAAAGCCUUAUGGGACUUGCAGUCAUUUCUAGGCAAGUUCGCUUCCACCGAAGAAGUGUUGUUCUAUCUUCAACCAAAGGGUGCACAGGUGAAAGAUCAUGGAAUGUUUGCUGUCAUAGAAGCCACGUAGCUCCACGGAGGUGAGGGCAGAAGGAAGGAGGAAGGAGGAAGGAGGAAGGAUGCAUUUUAACUGUUUUCAAAUGCAGCAGCGGUUUCAUGCUCCAGGAGCCUUAGACCUGCUUGCAAUGACCUCUGACCUCUUCAGUAGAAAUCUAGAAUAUGUUCAGAAUUCUCCCAUGCAGAUAUUUUUAAUUUUUUUAAAUUUUUUUAUUGUUAGGUACAUUCUAGCUUUGAUCAUUAGCCUGUGUGGAAAGCUUCAGGGAACUGUCUAAAAAGAAGAUCUUACAGGCACACAUGCACCGUCUUGACCUCUGGCGCAGAAAGAGAAGACACAAAGGAUACCAGUUUAUUUUAACCAUCCACUGUUUUAUUUUUUUCUUUUAGUUUUUAACCUUAAUGCAUAUUUUUAUUUCACUUAUCAUGGAUUUUUAAAAAUGAGUGAUAGUUUGAUUUCUUUAUUUCUUGUAUCUUACAGUGUAGAAACUGAAUUAUUAACAGAGUAUAUAUGGUGUAGUUAUGUAAAUGUGUGUGUGUGUGUGUGUGUGUUUGCCUGCGUGCGUGUGUGUGUGCGGGUGUGCUCGCCUAAUUGCUUUAUAAUUCAAUAAGGUGCUGCUUCAUUGGUGCAGGUGGACAGGUCUGUAAUAUUUUGGGCUGUUGCCGACACACACGAAUGUUCCUCGUUCCGUCAUUUUAUAUUUCAAAAGAGACAAAGACAAAGAGAAGUUUUCAUAGUUUAGGUUCUAUUUGCAUGGUUUUGAGCCUUGGACUGGGAAAAGACAAAACAGCACAUGUAAAAUAAAAAAAGCAAUAAGCAGGUUUCCUUACUCCUGGACUUUGAUUUCUGUGUACAAAGUGUAAAAGUGUACAAGAUGUUUCUGUAUAUACUGUACAGCACAUAAUGAACAGAGCCGAUAUAAGUAUAGAUGCUAUGUAUUGAUAAUGCUAUGCAGAUGUUCAUACGACAUCUGUUUUAUAUCCUGUUAAAUAAACGCUGAUGUUUCUAUUCUCA